GGAAGAAGAGAAACAGUGAUGGGGUUAAAACAGGAAGAGGAAAGACUGUGAUGGGGUUAGAAACAGGAAGAGGGGAGACUGUGAUGGGGUUAGAAACAGGAAGAGGAGAGACAGUGAUGGGGUUAAAACAGGAAGAGGAAAGACAGUGAUGGGUUUAGAAACAGGAAGAGGAGAGACUGUGAUGAUAUUAGAAACAGUAAGAUGAGAGACUGUGAUGGGGUUAGAAACAGGAAGAGGAGAGACAGUGAUGGGGUUAAAACAGGAAGAGGAAAGAGAGUGAUGGGUUUAGAAACAGGAAGAGGAGUCACUAAAGGGGUUAGACACAGGAAGAAGAGAUGGAGGAAAGACAGUGAUGGUGAUUAUGAUAAUGAUGACGAGGAGCUGCAGUGGAAAGCUGUAACCAGGAAAGUGAUGUAACAGCGAUGAGUUGCUUUCACAUUGAAGCCCACUCCUUAACUCCCACAGAGGGGAGGAGAGGUUGGAGAGAGAUAAUGGAAUUGAGAGAGAGGAGGAGAGGGAGAGAGAGUUGAGUGGGCGAAAGAGAGCAGAGAGCCUGUGAGAUAGAGGGACAGAGUAGAGAAAUCACUCUGUUUCACAGUACAGAAGCAGAACUGGCAGUUUUGUUUUCUGUCAUAUGUAGUUUGAAAUCCUUUUCUGACGGAUUUUAACGCAGCAUCUGUCAAUGGAGAAAGGGUCCACUUGACACACUGGAGUACCAGAACAGUGAGUGUGUGUAGCAGUGAGUGUAUCUGGCAGUGAGUGUGUGUGUGUGUGUUUAUGAGACGGGUGUGCUGAUGAGUGUAUGUGUGAUUCAAGAGAGGGCACAGGUGCCCUCCACACUGGAUCUCAGCCAUCGGGGUUGCCAUGACAACAGUGACCCAGAAUGCAACAGCAGCAGAGAGUGGUCACCUGACCUGCAAGGCGACGUGGACUUUAUGGAGCAGAGGAGUGUUACACACUCUCCACACAGCCCGGCUUUUAAGGCUGAGCUGGAGGGGGUAUUUGGUCACCUGAACAAGGGCAGCGAGUUUCUCACAAAUAUCACAAACCUCAUCAACUCUCAGAGCCAGAAUGCAGUGUGCUUUGUGAAUGAUCUGUACCAAGCAGGUUGCUAUGGUUACUCUGGUCUGGAACGGCAGAAUCGCUGCAAACUGGCCUCUCUACACAGACUUCUGCACCUGUACGGAUGGUCCAGCCUCACGCACACACACACCACUACACGUGUUAGUAAGGGGGUGGAUCAGCUCCUCACUCUUCCCCUGGGACUCUCCUUCUCUGAGGCUACGGCUGCCAGUCUGGUAAAAGUGGAUUUGUCAGGGCGUGUGUUAGACAGUGGCUCCUCAGGCCAGGCUGUUCUGGGAUCAGAGCUCCAUCUGCACACACACAUUUACUCCUGCCGACCUGAAGUCCGCUGUGUCAUACACACUCACACUCCUGCUACUGCUGCUGUCUCGUCCAUGAAGUGUGGAAUCCUGCCCAUAUCCCAUGAUGCUUUGCUUCUGGGUGAGGUGUCAUAUUUCAGCUUAGCAGGAAAUUAUGCAGAGGAGAGGGAGGAGCUUCAGAGGGCCCUGGGACCAACUGCAAAGGUGUUGGUGCUGGGAGGUCAUGGUGUUUUGGCAUUGGGGGAGACCCUGGAGGAGGCCUUCCAUAACAUCUACCACUGCCAGCAAGCCUGUGAGAUUCAGGUGAAUGCCUUAUCCAGUGCUGGUGGAGUGGACAAGCUACUGCUACUGGACAGAAAUAAAUAUAAAGCACUCUCAGACACACACACACCCUCAGACACACACACACACACACCCUCAGACACACACACCUCUUUGUGCGAGCCAGACGGGCAGGUCAGCUGGAGGACGGGAGAGGCGGAAUUUGAGUCCCUCAUGAGAAUGCUCGACAGCCUGGGUUACCGGACAGGCUACACCUACCGGCACCCUGUGGUCAAGGAGUUGCCCCGGAGCCGAAGUGCAGUGGAGAUCCCCGCCGCCGUAACCUCCAGGGGGCCCGACAUCGAGGCGGUGUUUCCAUGGAGACCAGUUGAGGGAUUGGAUCGACAGCAACAAGACAGAACGCUGUGGCUCACCUCACCCAACAGCUACCUGAAGCUUACUGUGCCACAGACAUCUCGCACCACGUGGAAGAGAGCUGAGGACUCCAGCAGCUGCAGAGGCACCCCCAUCCGCAUCAUCCACCCCAACCAGUUUGUGCCCCUGAACACCAACCCCUCUGAGGUUCUUCAGAUCAGGACCAAGAUCCGAGAGCAGCACUGGGUUGAGGUUAUGACAGCAGGACCCCAAUCCCAGCUGCUGGCUGGAGUGCCGCCUGACCAGAAACCAGGACCGGCUUUCAUUUAUGAGGAUGAGCUGGACGAACCCCUCCCACCAAACCCCUUCAGCCAAUCAGAAGCUGACCUGGAAGAAUACAAAAGCCUAGUAGAGCAGCAUCAAAGUCAGCAAGAUGGCGAUGAUGCAACUGAAGCAGAAGAGAUCAGCACAUUUGAAGGGUCAACCCUGUCUCUCUCUCUCUCUCCACUCUAUAGCCCUGUGAAAGAGGAGGGAACACCACCUCUUGCAGACCUUGAACAUGACCUUAGUGAGUGCAUCGCAAACCUCAGCGUCACCAUGGACCUGGAAGUCACCAUCGCCGAGCCAACACUACAGCCCCCAGAGAGUGACCAGCUGGCACCCGACGCCCCCACUGCCACAUCCCCAACACCCCCCUCUGCCACAUCCCCAACACCCCCCUCUGCCACCCCCCUCACUGCCACCACCCCCACUGCCACACCCCCAAUGCCACCCCACCCACUGCCAACCAACCUGAAGCAUCCAAGAAGAAGAAGAAGUUCCGCACCCCGUCCUUCUUCAGGAGGAACAAGAAGAAAGGGGGAGAUGGCUAACAGGAAAUCAGAAACAAACUCUUAACAUUGUGAAGAAUCAGACCAUCCCGCCCAAAACACACACACACACACUUA